AUAAUUUUCUGAAGCAUUCGUUGAUAAACAAUCAACAGAGUCACAGCAAACAAACGGCGACAACGAACCGAACCGAAUCAAGCAACCAACUAACAAACCUACAAGAUCGGAUCGGAGUUAAACAUUUUUGUGAUCGUCGUCUGUCUUUCUCUAUAAGUGUGUGUGUGUGUAAAAAUGUGUGAGUGUCUAAUAAUUUGAACAUUUGUCCACUGUACGUAUGGAUUUAUUACGUACGAGUAUUAAUAUUGUCCAAACUAAAUAAACCUUAUCGUUUCAUAUUAAAAAAAAAUAAGUAAAUAAAAACAACAAACCCUAAAUUAAAAAAAAAGUGUUUAUCGGUCAGUUUUGAAAUACUUUGACAAAAUAAAUCCGAGUGUGUUUAUGUAAAUAUUUAUAAAAGCAUUAAAAUUCUAUUUAAUAUAAAUAAAUAAAUGAGAAUUACAUAAAAGUUUUGUUGAUUAAAGCAAAACCAGAAGAAAUAAAACUGUUUCAAUUUCCUACAAUUAUCGUCGUAUUCGCCUUUUGUUGUUUUUAUUUUGGCAACUUAAAAGUGUUUGUUUGUUGUUUUUGGUGCUCCACUGUUGUUUGAGUACGUGUGUGCUUAGAAUAAAUUAUGGAAAUUUCAAGUUGGCGAUUUUUUGCACUGUGUUUAUUUUAUUUUAAUUCGAAUUCGAAUUUUGCGCAUAUUUUACGAUAAUUAUGUUAAUUAUAUUAGUGUUACGAUCACCACCAAAAUGAAUAAUACUUUUACUGCAUAACCAAAUACAUAGUAGGUACUACUAACUACAACAAUAGUAGAUAGAAAGAGUAUAACAUUAGAUAUUUUAAAAUGAUAAAUUGUAUAAAAAAAACCAAAAAAUUAAUAAAACUGAAAAAAACGAUAAUGAAAUAAAUAUUUCCAUUCCACAAUAACAAACCAAUAAAUCAUUAACUAGUGAAAACUGAAAGAAAAACAAAAAAAUAAACAAACAAAUACAAAUUCUAACUCUCUCGUUCGCUCUCCUUGAAUGUAAAGGUAAACAAACAAAUAUUAGAAAAAUAAAUAAAGAAACAAACAAACAAACAUUUUCAAUGAAUGAUAACAACAAUAACAAAUAUCUAUAAACUAUGGCAACAAGUGUUUUUGUGUGAUUCAGGAAUUUGAUUACUCAUCGUCAGAUUUUGUCUCAUUUGCAGUCACCGUCAGUCACACUCUCGCGAUCUGUAUUUAAAUGAUGUUGCAAACCGUUUGGUCUGAUGUUGAAUCACCACAGUUUUAUACAAGUUAAAAUAUAUUACCUGGAAUUUCUACUACCACAACAACAACAGCAACUACUACUACAACCACUACAGCUAUAACAACAAUAACAACACAUCUCAAACAUUUACUCAUCCAAAGAAUGAUCAGUUAGUUCUCAUUUAAUAAACCAACGAAUCAACCAACCAACCUUCUGUCAGCAUCUUUAACAUUGCUGUUUUUAAUAAUUUAUUUAUUCAUUAUGAGUGUUCCAACCUAUGACAAUAACAAUAUCACAAACGAUAUGGAGGCCGAAGAUGGAUUUUCCUCAUCAAUGCUUACAUUUGCAGCCGUGAUGACCUUGCUGAUCAUGGUCGUGGGAAUUUUUGGCAAUUUCCUUACCGUUGCAGCCUUAAUUAAAUGCCCCAAAGUCCGCAAUGUAGCAGCAGCUUUCAUAAUGAGCUUAUGUAUAGCCGAUCUAUUAUUCUGCGCUUUGGUUUUGCCAUUUAAUGCCUUUCGUUUCAUUGAGGGCACCUGGAAACCCCGAGAUUUUCUCUGCAAGAUGAUACCAUUUAUUCAGUAUGGCAAUAUUGGAGUUUCCCUUCUAUGUAUUGCUAUGAUAACCAUUAACAGAUAUGUUAUGAUUGCCCAUCAUAGUUCGUAUGGAAAAAUCUACAAAAGGCAUUGGAUUGCAGCCAUGAUCAUAUUCUGUUGGGUGUUCUCCUAUGGCAUGCAAUUGCCCACCUUAGUCGGUGCCUGGGGUACGUUUGACUAUGAUCCCAAACUGGGCACCUGUUCUAUACUGGAGGACGAUCAUGGUCACAGCAGCAAAACAACAUUGUUUGUGACCGCCUUUGUAAUACCGUGCCUAAUAAUUAUAGCAUGCUAUACGAAAAUCUUCUGGGUGGUUCACAAGUCGGAACAGCGCAUGAAGCGACAUGCUAACAAGCAGAACUCAAUACCAAAUAAUUUGCGUACCACUUCCGUUGCCACGGGUAGCAAUGCUGAAACGGGCAAUGGCCAAAGCCGAGUAUCUUCAGCCGAUAGUAGUAGUUUUUCGACGGAUGUUAAACAGGAGUCGGUGCAAAAGCAGACCACACGCAUCAAGGACCAACGGGAGGUGAGGGCGAAACGCAAUGAAUGGCGCAUUACUAAGAUGGUACUAGCCAUAUUCUUGAGUUUUGUGAUCUGCUAUUUGCCCAUUACCAUUGCCAAGGUAGCCGAUCGGGAUGUGGAACAUCCCAAUUUCCAUAUACUCAGUUACAUCAUGCUGUAUAUGUCGGCCUGCAUCAAUCCCAUCAUUUAUGUGAUCAUGAACAAACAGUAUCGCAAGGCAUACAAGACAGUGAUAAUGUGCCAACCGGGACGUUUGUUGCACUUUGGCAAACAUGCUGGGGGCGGUGGCAAUAAUGCCAAUGGCAGUAGUGUGGCAGAGAAAUGGAAAGAUACCGGAUUGAACCGAAUGUCGCACAGUCGCACAAUGGUUUCGGCAGUGGACCAGCAAAAUACCAGCUUCAGCAGUUCCGCCCAAUUGCCAGCUAUGGAAUUGAGCAGCAAACCGAACGAAACAAAAGCCAAAGAUACGAUAGAAUCAAUCCCAGUGCCGUUGCCGUUGCAGACAUCAGAGCCCACACCGAUUGCGACCUCUAUAGAGAAUGCGAGCAAACCAAAAGUGAACGCCGACGAAUUGGUGGUGACAGCAUCGGCGAUCGAACAAACGCCCAUUCCCACUCUUGUCCAGAGCCACAGCAAGAAUACCAAUAUCAACAACAACAUCAACAACCAAAACGAACAAGUCAACAAUCCAACGAAUAUAAUAACGCCCAGGACCAUCAAACGCAUAGCUCUGGUGGGCGGAGAUAUAAUUUUGGAAGAGGAAGAAGAGGAGGAGGAGGAGGAAGAGAGGGAGGUAGCGAGACAGAUGACAGCAUCACCACCGGUGGAAGAGGAGAACAUAGAACAGACGACACAACCAUCGCCACCUCCUCCAUCCAUUGUGAGCCAACGACCGACGCCAGUUUACGUGAACGCGAGUGUGUUGCACCAGAAGAAAAACCCAUCUUACGGCCAGAACAUCAACGUCAUUCCAGAUAAUAAAAAUUCCACAAAACUUUUAACCAAACCGAAACUUUAAAAGACUACUUACAAUGCUUUAAUUACAUAAGUACUACACAAAUACAAUACAAUAAAUAAGUUUAUAAAUAAAUAAAUACGAGUAUGUAUUUGGUUAUCACACAUUCCAUUUACGAUGAGUCUCCCUACUUUAGACCUUUACAAAUCGAAUGUACGUACGACUUAUCGAUUAUUAAACUAGCGUGGUGAUAUUAAGUCAAUAUAUUAUUACACAUUCCAAGCAAUUACAAAUUUCUUUAAGAUAUAAAUAAAUAAAUUCAUCAAUAAAUAUGUAUACAUAGUAUAAAUAAUUAAUUAAUUAGUUUGUAAUCUAAAUCUAUUCGUAACUAUAUGAUUACACAUAAGUUUUGUAUUUAUUUAUUCUAUCAUUACAAUUAUUAAUAUACAUACAUAGAUUCUACUUUAUUAAAUAUAUUAUUAUUAUUAUUAGGGUUUUAAUCGAAUUGAAUCGUGCCUAUAUAUUUAUACAUACAUUCAUACAUACAUACAUAUAUCAAUCAGCAACACAAUACCAAUUAUAAUUACUAAAAUAAACAUAUUUUUAAUUUUUUAUCUAAUCUAAAAUAUUAAAAAGAAAAACAUGAAAAAA